AUGCCGGCUGCAUGGGCCAAGGCUGAGGCCUUGCGGGCGAGCUUGAACAACACGGUGCGACCGCUCAUCGCCAUGGCGGCGCACAAUCCGCUAGGUGCCAAGCUGGCGGCAGAGGCUGGGUUCGGCGCCGUUUGGGCCAGCGGGUUCGAGCUGUCAGCCUCGUAUGGGCUACCCGACGCCAGCAUCCUGUCGAUGCAGACGCAUCUCGACAUGACGCGCGCCAUAAGCGAGGCCCAACCGCUGCCCGUUGUCGCCGAUCUCGACACCGGCUUCGGCAACGCGGCCAACGUAGCAUAUGCCAUUCCACAAUACGUGGCGGCCGGCGCUGCAGCCGUGGUCAUCGAAGACAAGGUCUUCCCCAAGACCACCAGUCUUCGCAAGGGCGCCAACAGCACCAACGGAGAUGCUCAUGUUGCGCCAGCGAAACGGCAGACGUUGGUUUCCAUUGCAGAGUUUCAGGGCAAGAUCGCGGCGGCCAAGGCAGCGGCCAAGGCCACCGCCGGUUCCGAUCCUUCUUCGAAUCUCGUCGUCAUCGCACGCACCGAGGCCUUGAUCGCGGGCUUGGGACAGGACGAGGCCCUGCGACGUGCCCGGGCCUACGUCGAGGCCGGAGCCGACGCCAUCCUCGUGCAUAGCAAACAAACACGGCCCGACGAGAUCGAGACCUUCUGCCGCGCUUGGCCGGCCGGAUCGGUUCCGUUGGUCAUCAUCCCCACCGCCUAUCCGCAACUCUCGUUCGCGAGGGCGGCGGCGCUCGACAAGGUCGGCCUCAUCAUCUGCGGCAAUCACGCCGUCCGCUCCGCCGUCGCCUCCUUGCGUCAGACCUUUGCACGCAUCUUGGCCGACGGCAGUCUCGAAGGUGUCGAGGCCCAGAUUGCCCCCUUGGCCGAUGUCUUCGCUUUGCAAGGCGAGGACAAGUUGCGGGACCUUGAACAAAAGUACUUAGUUUAG